AUGGAUUUCCUUUCUAGGCCAACAAAAACAUGGACUUGUGAUGAAGUGGCAAGCUGGGUAUCAUCGGUAACCGGUAAUGAGGAUUGUGCGAAUACUUUUCGUAAUCAGGAUAUAGACGGCCAGUCUCUGUUGUUACUGCCAGAUAAUGCUCAUAAUAAUUUGGUAACGCUACUGGGAUUGAAACUUGGCCCAGUAGUGAAAAUUUUGAAUGCACUCAAAGAAUUAUCAAGCAAAAGUAUCAAUGCCACAUAA